AUGUCGUCCACCCAGCAAGUUGAAACCGCCCGGGUGCACCCUCGCCGCCAACCCAUCUUAAACACAGCCCUCCCAUCCCUGGUGACCGAGUCUCCUACUUCCAAGAUGCCCUUGAAGAAGGGAGAGACUUUCCAUACUCCAACGUCUCCUGCCAAAAGUCAAGAUCCUGUCUUGGAUGUUCGAUCUUUGCCUCGCCGUUCCCCAACCUGUUUGGAGGCCCUAACUGCCACUGAGGAGCGUAUGACCUCGAUUCUCAGUCGGCUGACACUGGAUGCCAGUGACGAGGAAGCUGACUCUACGUCCAAAGACCAUCGCUCUUCUUUUGAGGCGGACGGCAUGCACUUCUCAGACAAGCAAGUGCAAGAAGAGGACCAUGGUCACGAAUCUGACAGCGGCCUGGGAACCUCGGUCGGUAGCAGAGACGAUAUCUCAAGCCCCAAAGUAGACACUGCAAACGCAAAACUCCAGCUUCCUUCCCUCGGAGAGAACGCGGGGCCCAGGCGCCAGCUGGACAUUGCAGCCUGCAAGCAGAUCGAGCGGCACAUCAUAGUUCCCAUUCUUAACGAAGAGAAACUCAAACCAUUCCAUCCUCUCGUCCGAACUGUCCCGCGCCGGAUAGUGAAGAAGCAGAUCGUCUGCCUUCGAGAUCUUGAAAAGACCCUUCUCUGGCUCGCACCGAAGUUCUCGACCUCGCGAGCUUCCUAUCUGCAUUUCUCGGAGUUUACUAUUCAGUGCCUGCACACUUCGACUUCUCACCUGAACGAUCGGGAUCAACGCCUACCUGCCGAUCGCCCUUACACUAACGGUUACUUCCUUGACCUCGUGGCUCAGGUCCGACGAUACGCAGCUAUGAUUCAGGCUUCUCGCGAAAGGGUGCAGGCCACCCAAGAGGCCCAGGAGAAGAAGGGCGAGACGGGCGAGACGAGUGAGAAAGCUGACAAGCCUGAGGUCAGUGUGCCAACUGCUACUCUGGAAGGUGGCCUUGCGCAGACUGGAAAGCCUCUUGAAUUGGUUAUCGUCCAGGAUGGCAAGCCCAUCUCCAUGCGCACUGGUCUUCCCUACGAGCCUCAGCAAACUCCAAGCACGUUCAAACGCGCUAUCAGCUUCAAUGAGCACGUCGACGAGGGUGUUCAACGUUCCAUGGCACGCCGCAAGAAGAACGCUCCUCCUAUGGACAUUAACCAAAAAUGUGCUCACUGCGACAAGGUCUUCAAGCGCCCUUGCGAUCUGACAAAGCACGAAAAGACCCAUUCUCGUCCCUGGAAGUGCUCGGAGCCAUCUUGCAAAUAUUUUCAACUCGGAUGGCCUACUGAGAAAGAACGUGAUCGUCAUGUCAACGACAAGCACUCGGAAACUCCGGCAUUGUACAAGUGCAACUUCAAGCCUUGCACCUACGCCUCCAAGCGAGAAUCCAACUGCAAGCAACACAUGGAGAAGGCUCACGGCUGGGUUUACAUUCGAUCCAAGAACAAUGCCCGUGGUGGAAGCAAACGCGGUUCUUCUAUCCAGGCUUCGCGUACGCCAAGUGUCUCAACCCCCGCUUCCAAGUCUGCCGAUUUCCCUACCCCCGUUAGCGGACCCAGCCCCUCUCCCCUUCCGUCUCUCUUCCCCGAAACCCAGUUUAAUUUCAACGACCCGCCGGCUCCUGCUCACGGUGAUGAGUACUCCGGAUUCUUCGACAAUUCGCCCUACCAAAACUCUACGGGUGGCAUGAGCAGCGACUACAGCUUCCCGACAUCCUUCAACUUGGAUUCGUUCCAAGCCCAGUUUGAGGCCGGCGACCCCAACGGACUCAUCCCCGAACUGGAGCUUCACCGGGAAUCCAUGAACCCGAUGUCCGUUCCGUCCGCCGACUCUGUCCCUGAGCUCAUGGGCAUGUCCUACGAAGGCUCGCCUCUGGAAACCGCCGACAACAACAGCCUGAACUUUGAUUUCGAGUGGAGCCAGCUUGGCGGUGACAUGACGUCCAUGUCGGACAACUACACUGCGUUGCACAUGCAGCUGCCAACCCCUGAGCCCGUCGAGUCUCACAUGCAGAAAGGCCUUGCCAUGGGACUGCCUCAAAUGCCAAUGGGUGGUGCGGGCAACCUGCCUGGCCUCUCCCCUGGAGCCCAAGGAAACUUGAUGCUCUACUCCCCUGAAUCGAGCGCUGAUCAGUAUGAUUACGGUGUUCACGCUCCCAGCGGCAAUGACUUCACGCUUUAUGAGCAGCCUGCUAUGCAGAUGCGAAACGUCGCAUCAGUCAACCGCAACCAGGCGGCCCAGUACCGCCAGUCUCAGACCAUGUUCCCUCCUUUGGCCGAGCAGGGUCUGCAGACUUGGCCUGAGCAGCACCCCCAAAAUGGCGGUUCUGAAUCUUAUCUCCCUUCCGACAUGGAACUCAAGUUCAUGUAA